AUGACUACAGCCGCUCAACAUCCUUAUCGCCAGGUUUCCUCGGCCCCAUCUUCGGCCCCGUAUCCAUUGCUGGAUUUCAACGUGGCUGCGAGCAAUAGCCAAAGUGACCCUUCGGAUAGCUCGCCAAGUAUGACCGAAGUCACUUCUGGUAUUGACGAUUUACAAAUAUCCAACCAUCCUCAUCAUCUUCCCCAUCAUAAUCAUCACAUCAACAACAACAACAACAACAAUAGCCACAGUCAGUUUGAGAAGCAUUAUCUACGAGGUCAGAGGCAAGCGGGGCAUAACAAUCCACAAGUACAGCAAUAUGGCAACGAACAACAAGUUCAACAACAACAGUCGCCCUUGCAGCAAUAUGGAAGCUUGUCUCAGAGCAGGGAGGCACUGUAUCAUCAACCUCAACAACAACAACAACAACAACGCAGUGUAACUAAUGGAAGUGGAAGCUCAUUUGGUGGCGUGAGUUUGCCAGCUCACUUGAUACCCAAUUUGCCCAACGUGUCCAGUAUUGCUUCAUCCGAUGAGUUAAACUACGGGGCAAAGUCUCAAGCAAUCAACUCACCAGUACAAAUCCAAUCAUUUGACCAAUCUGCAUUUUUACAAUCGCCUAAAAUCGGCAUCACCAAUGGCAGAAAUAUCAGUGGCAGCCCCUAUCCUGACUACGAAGCCUCAACACCACCGCCAGUUUUCGCUGGUCGAGAUGGCGUGAUUGUCUCACCACCUUCGAACCCGUUAUCUUCAGCGUCAUCGGUAACCAACUUGAAUCUCAAUUCCAAUAAUCAGCCUCCAGCAAACAAUUUGUCCUUGGAUAAUCAAAUGUUUAGUAGGUCGGAAAAUAACUUGAGCACACCUUCGGUUAGCAAGUUUGGUCAUAAUCGAUCAGUGUCUUCUACAUCAUCGUUUUUUUACGAAAGAAAUGAUAACUCAUCAAUGGUUGAUUUUAAUCAAAACGUGCUUCAACAGUAUUUGGGGUCCAAUUCUCAGCAUUUGAUGCCUAGAAUCAAGACAUUGGAAUUGUAUCGCAAAAAUGCCAAGAAAUCAAACGACCCCAAUGUCUUGUUCCAAUAUGCUCAGUACAUGUUACAAACUGCAUUGAUUGUUGCCCUGGAGGCAAAUAUCUCAAAUGCAUCGGCCACAUCAUCUCAGUCAUCGGGUGAAAGCAGCCCACCAUUGCCCAACUCACCGAGAAAAUUGGAUGCCAGAGACAACAAAGAUGGCAACAAGGCAACCGGGCACAAGAAGAAUAAAUCGAUAGAUUUCGCCAAUAUUGAAUUGGAAGGCAAUGAGAAAAAAUUGAGAAGAUCUUUACUUAAAGAAGCUGUCUAUUAUUUGAAAAGGCUUUCGGAUAAAGGGUACGUUGAAGCUCAGUACUUGUUGGCCGAUGCUUAUAGUUCAGGAGCACUAGACAAGGUGGAAAAUAGAGAAGCAUUUAUACUAUUUCAAUCUGCCGCCAAGCAUGGUCAUGUUGAAAGUGCCUAUCGUACCUCGUACUGUUACGAGGAAGGGUUGGGCACCGGUCGUGAUGCUCGCAAAGCUGUUGAGUAUUUGAAGAUCGCGGCUGCGAAAAACCAUCCUGCAGCCAUGUACAAGCUCGGGGUGUAUUCUUUCUACGCCAGAAUGGGGUUGCCCAAUGACAUGAACACCAAGAAGAUGGGGAUCAAAUGGUUGACACGAGCAACCAAUGUUGCCACCGAAUUGACGGCCGCGGCUCCGUUUGAGUUGGGUAAACUAUACUAUAACGGGUUUGAAGAUAUCGUUAUCGCCGAUAAAAAAUACGCGUUGGAGUUGUAUGCACAAGCAGCUGCAUUGGGCCACACGCAAUCAGCAGCGAUUCUUGGAUCGCACUAUGAAUUUGGAGAUGCCGAGGGCAUCAUUCCUCAAGAUGCCAAUCUCUCGAUCCACUACUAUACACAGGCAGCCUUGGGCGGCGACGCUAAUGCCAUGCUUUCGAUGUGUGCCUGGUAUUUAGUCGGCGCCGACCCCUACCUCCCCAAAGACGAAGGUGAAGCAUUUGAAUGGGCCAAACGAGCAGCCGCUUGUAACUUGGCCAAGGCGCAAUUUGCAUUGGCCAAUUUCUAUCAAAAGGGCAUAGGCUGUCAAGAAAACCAAGCAGAAGCCCAGUUUUGGUAUAAAAAAGCGGCUCAGCAGGGCGAUGAAAAGAGUCUUGCCAGAUUGACCGAUCGCGAGUUGGCCAAGAACAUUUCCAAAAAGAUGAGAAAGAGCGGAUCCACGAAUUUGGCUAGCCUGGCGAUGAGUGGACAUGUUCACGCCAGAGGACCGCACGGUAAAAAGGACAAGGAACUGUGUGUUGUCAUGUGA